AUGCCUUCCGCAACACCCAUCCGAACCUUCAUGCGCUCCGCAUCCCGCUACCUCACCGAGCCGCACCCAUUUGCGCGGAACCCAGUCACCACACCAGCGCACCGCCACUACGCGCCGUUCUUCAUCAAGCGCGCCGCUGCGACCGCCGGAACUAUGAUCCCCUUCUACGGCGUAGUUCUGUUCUGGCCCAUCCCCGUCGCCGCCCUCGGCCGCCAAAUCGGGAUCUGA